AUGUCUCAACCACUCCUCAGCCGCUACCGCCAACUCGCCCCGACGGCCUCCGUCCGGGUCUCCCCACUAUGCCUCGGAGCCAUGACCUUCGGCACCGCUAACAGCGAACGCUACGGCCAAUGCAGCAAAGAAUCUGCUUUCGAAAUCCUAGACUACUUCUACAACCAAGGCGGCAACUUCAUCGACACCGCCAACACCUACCGCGAAGAGCAGUCGGAAAUCUGGCUGGGCGAAUGGCUCGCGUCGAGAAAAAACCGCGAUGAGAUGGUGAUUGCGACCAAGUAUACUACUGGGUACCAAAAUCAUCAUAAGGGGAAGAUUCAGGCGAAUUACGGUGGAAAUGGGACGAAGUCGAUGCGUGUGUCGAUUGAGGCUUCGCUGCGCAAGUUGCAGACGGAUUAUAUUGAUUUGUUUUAUGUGCAUUGGUGGGAUUAUACGGUUUCGAUUCCUGAGGUGAUGCAUAGCUUAAACGAUCUUAUUGUGUCGGGUAAGGUGCUGUAUUUGGGUAUCUCGGAUGCUCCGGCGUGGGUGGUUUCAAAGGCCAACCAGUACGCUCGCGACCAUGGCUUGCGGCAGUUUGUCGUGUACCAGGGCAUGUGGAACGCUGCGAUGCGCGACUUUGAGCGGGACAUCAUCCCCAUGUGUCGCGACGAGGGAAUGGGUCUUUGUCCGUACGGUGUCUUGAACCAGGGUCGCUUCCAGACUGAGGAAGGAUUCAAGGAGCGCGAGAAGAAGAACGAUGGUCGAAACUUCAUCCCUCUUUCUCAACAUGAUCGGAAUGUCUCUCGUGUCUUGGAAGACGUAUCGAAAGCCAAGGGUGUUGAACUGCUUCAAGUUGCUCUGGCGUACGUUUUCCAGAAAACGCCCUACGUCUUCCCCAUCGUCGGUGCUCGGAAGGUCGACCAUAUCCGGGGCGUCGUCCCUGCCUCUGGAAUUUCUUUGUCGGAGGAAGAGGUGCAGAAAAUCGAGUCUGCUUAUGAGUUUGAUCCUGGAUUCCCGCAUACUUUCCUCAGCGGUACAUUGUUCAGCGAUGGACCUCCAAAAGGUGGUUACGGCCCAGGUGAUGUGUGGUUGACCAAGGCUCUAGGGACUUUCGAUUGGGUUGAGCCUUCGAAGCCAAUUACCUCGCAGAAAUAA